AUUUGCUGAAAGCAUUUAUUUUCUAUCUCGGUCUUUAUUCUUUGUCAUUCAGCAUUGCCCUUAAGUUAUAGUAAAAUCCAACAUGGCGUUCUUACGAAUGUGUGUUUUGUUGUCUAAAGAGGUUUUUCCUGUGUCUUGAUUUAAUAAUAUAAAACAAAUUAGCUCAUGAACGCUAGCUUGCUUACAUCGUCAUUAGAUUCAUUAAUGCUUCUGCGUAGUGGCCGCUGCUUGUGUGGACUGGCUGCAUCGAGGCUGUUGGUCAGGUGCAGGACAUGGAUGGGGAGCGCUUGAUGGGAGCCCAGGAACACCCAGGCACUGAGACCGGAGCGGAGACAGCCACUGAGACCGGCAGAGCGACGGCCGGGCCGCAGAACACUGCACAGGUGGCUGGUGAGAUUUCCGCUCAGACCAGUCUUGACUCCGAAAAGCUCCCUGUCACCUUGCUGGUUUCCGAGAGUCUCCCAUCUGAAGAGAAACUUAUCAAACGUGGAGAUCAGAGAAGCCAGUCGGAGCAGUUUAUCGUCUUUGAUCAGAAUGGGCAGCCUCUGCAGUACGAACACAUGGUGAUUUUAACAGGGCAACCAGAGAGUGGGUUGUAUGUCAUACCCUCCAGCCAGCUGGAGCAGGCACCGGUGCUGCUUCCCCAAGGACUGCCCAUGGAUGUUGCCGAGGCGACGGGGCCCUGUACUGAGAGGUCGAUUCAAGAACAGAUACAGACAGCUGCUGUGACGACCAUCACCGAGGGUGCCUGCGGUGUAACCGUGACGACGUGUCCCGUCACCCCCACUAAGAUUGAAUCAAGCCCUCCUGACUGCUUCCAGGCCCCAGUACGGCCCCUGCCUCCCAGUGCCCCAAGCUGGGCUCAUAGACUGUGCGGCUGUGAGAAGAUCGGGGAGGCUUACCGUGGUUUCUGCACCACCGAGGCAGAGCUGGAGGCCGUGCUGAUGCUGCACAAACAGCAGACCCACAGUGUGUUUGGCACCCGCCAGUCCCCAUCCCCUGCCAAACCUGCCACGCGUCUUAUGUGGAAGUCCCAGUACGUGCCCUAUGACGGAAUCCCCUUUGUCAACGCAGGCAGCAGGGCUAUCGUCAUGGAGUGCCAGUUUGGCCCUCGGAGGAAAGGCUGCCAGCCCAAGAAAGUGGCUGAGUCAGAGGAUGGCCAGAAUUAUGAGUACAAGGCUACCUGUCCUGCCAGGAUCUAUAUCAAAAAGGUCCGGAAGUUUCCGGAAUACAGAGUGUCCACUGACCCCAAGGUAGACAAGAAGGUGGUCCGUCAAGAGCAAGAGAAAGCCUUUUUCAACCUGAAGAAGAACUUGUGGGAAGCGGGCGGAGUCCUGAGGUAUUACGUUCAGCUGCCCACCAUGCAGGCCCAUCUGUACCAUGACGUGGACGCACCGGCCCUGCCCCCACCUCCCUUGCAGCUCCCCCUGCCUCACAAAGAGGAGCUGCUGGCGGAGGAAGAAAAGGAGCCAGAUGGCAGGAUGGAGCAGGAGACGGGUGACGGCGAGCAGGGGGAGGUGCCAUCACGGCUGCACCCCCGCGUCGCGGAGAAGAUCUGCGAGCUGGUGGCACAGGGUCACCACCAGGUCUACAUGGUCCGCAAGCAGCUCAGGAAGUUCGUGGAGAGAGAGAUGUUCAAGUCAGACGAGGUCCCCGAGAGGCACAACCUCUGCUACUUUCCAACGGUCAAUGACAUCAAGAACCACAUACACGAGGCCCAGAAGGCUUUGCAGCCAAGCAGGGCUGACUACAGUGCUGCCCUCGCAGAGACUCAGUGGACGGCAGAGAGUGAAAACCCUCUGGCCGAGACUGUGACCUUGACGCUGACCUCGGCUCCCGUGGAAGUGAGCCAGAAGGCUGCCGUUCUGGAGGGGAGUGACACCCUGUCCCCGGAGGCCGUCCAGCUCUUCAGCUCCCUCACCUCCCUACAGCCAAAGAUCUUUGCUCAGUUGCGUGGUAUUCAGCUGCAGCCUGUCUUAUGUCCAAGUGAAGGACCUUCAGCACCACCAUGCUCUGGAUCUGAUCUUCUGGGCCCGUCCAGCCCCACCCAGUUCCUGCAGUCCAGCGCUUCCCUCACUGAGGGUGUCUCCCUGACAGACACCCCCACACUGCUGGGCAUGGGCCCGCUAGUGAGUGUGUCUGUCCUCGGGGAAGGGGGUGCCGACGCUGGAGUGCAGCAGAUCCUCCUGGGCGACGCGCAGGCCAUCCCAGUACAAAUCGUAGAGCCAGUCAUCGUUGGGGAGCACGAGCUGGUACACACUCAGGUGAAGGAGGAGACAGAAGACGGCGGGAUCUACCCGCCACAUUCUCCUGGGGACUGAGAAGCAGCCGCGGUGUGGCUGAGCUGCAGGCUCGGCGUCGGACACGAAUGGGGGGCGGGGUGAGCAUGUGGAAGACUGUUCCACCCCGACGACACGGCGCAGACUUCUCUCAGGACCAGACGUCCGGGAUGUUAGGGGGCCACUGCUACCAGUGGUCUGCAGUGAUGAUGCGGGCAGCCUUGCCGAAGAGGAGGGAUUAACCAAUGAACUAUGCAACUGCAUUCAGCUCCAGCUAUCGCAGAGAUGGAGUGGCGUUUGUCAUACAUUGUUUCUUCCUCACUGUCUGUUGGUAAAGAUGUUGCUUCACAGCCCAUCACAGACUAUAAAUUCCUCUAGCUGCUUAACUGGCAUCUACACCACCGUAAACAACUCAAGCUUAUAACUUAACAUCUGGCAAAGGACACCUACCAUACCCUAUGUGUUCAAACAUGAUUUUUAAGAGAUAUUUGUAGUUUGAGCUUAAAGGUCAUGGCACAUGAAGCUGUGUGAUGCUGAGUGGUACACUGGUAUGGUCCUGGAUGCUUUGUAGGCCACGCCAAAUCUUCUAAAGCAGUGUUCCCGAGUUCGGUCCUUGGAGAUCACCAGCCGAUCCAUGUUUUUACAGGAAUGCAGAGGGAGCAAAAAUGUGGGCUGCCUGGUAGGGAGCAAAAACAUCGACUGCCUAGGGCUCGCCAAGGAUCAGGGUGAGAAACAGUGGUGCAAAGGCCAGUUAUCCCAAUGCUUUUGGCCAUAGGGUGUUUCCAUCUUGGUCAUUAAAGGCUAGUGUGUUUCUGAUAUGUAGUUUUUCUAUAAAGCAAGUACAGAUGUGGAAUUUCUACAAUGAGUGAGAUGGAGCAUCAUCUCCUAUCUGCCAAAGAUGCACAAUGCGAGUGAACUAGUAACUCCUGUCUGGCUUUAUAGUGUAGAGCGGUGUUUCCCAACCUGGUCUUUGAGGACCCGCCGAAGAUCCACAUUUUUGCUCCCUCCUAGACUCCCUCGGGACCAGACUGGGAAACACUGAUGUAACAGGUUAACCGUGUGGAGUCAGGCACCUCGCUUGGACUGCUGUAUCCCAGCAGCUUUUUUCAUAUUAAAGUGGCAAAAAGCUGG